CCAUCCCAAAGUACCACAGAAAUACCACCAGAAGUCCUACAACCAUAUACACUCUUGUCAGUGACCUGCGAUUAGUAGCCAGACGGUUGGCGCUCAACAAGUACACAGCACUUACACCAGACAAUGCGGUCUAUCAGGGCACACACGACGAAAUGGACCCACAACAGUGCCUCGCCCCAUUGGACCAGCUCAAGCUGCACCAGAAGACUCUGGAUAUUGUACUGACCCACGGUAAAAGCAUGGACAUCCUCAAGGACCCGGGUAUGGGCGAAUACGCCACCCGCACAGCCGCCAAAGCGUUGUGUUUCUUGGGCCACGGAGACGAUGCCGUUAACGUGUGUGAGAAAGCCAUCAAGGACAAUCCAGCCCUCAUGUCGCGAGUGUGGGACGUGUACCUGCUGUCGCUGAUUAAGAGUGCACAACAGUCCGCUAUGGCGGAUGAGUAUAUAACGGCGUACGAUUACGCAC